AGAUGGCGUCUGACCAUAAUAUUAUCUUCCAGUGAGAUAGCUGAGUCACAUCUAAGUGUUGUGGUAACGGUAAUAGGAAAUUCAUCGUACACGCGCGUCUGAACGAGCUUCUGCGGGCUGGGAUCUCAUCGAAAAUGUUGACAAUAACUCUGAAGACUUUACAGCAGCAGACAUUUAAGAUAGAAAUAGAUCCAGAACUAACGGUGAGAGCAUUAAAGGAAAAGAUAGAGGAAGAGAGGGGUAAAGAUGCUUAUCCAGCCACAGGCCAAAAACUCAUAUAUGCAGGCAAAAUCCUGAAUGAUGACAUCCCUUUAAGGGAUUACAAGAUGGAUGAGAAGAAUUUUGUUGUGGUCAUGGUGGCAAAGCCCAAAUCAACACUGCCACCUCUCCAAGCUAGCCCAGGCUCAAUUCCGACUCCUGCUCCGGGAGCGGCUCCCCUCACGGAUGUUGUCCCUCCUACUCCCGUCUCUGCACCAGUGGCUACUCCUACUCCCACUCCUGCACCUGCCCCUUUCCCUGUCCCUGCCCCUGCUCCAGCUCCAACUCCAGUCGUAGCUCAAGCGCCAGUGCCCUUGCCUUCCCCUGCUCCACAUCCAGUCCCAUCGCAAGAGACUCAAAGCACAGCUGAUCAGGCUGUCUCUGGACCCAGGGCUGCCAGCACCGCCUCAGCAACACCAGCAAGCGCCACCACAGUCUCUGCUCCGCCUCCUGAAGGCAGACCCCAGGAAGUUCACCAGGAUUCACCUGCAGUCUCAAGCCCACCUGUUCUUUCAGCCUCCAGUCUGGCUGAUGAGUUGGGCCUUUUAGAAGAGGCAGCAUCAAUUUUAGUCACAGGGCAAGCGUACGAAAACCUGGUAACUGAAAUCAUGUCCAUGGGAUAUGCAAGAGAACAAGUGAUUGCUGCUCUUCGAGCAAGUUAUAACAAUCCAGACCGGGCAGUUGAAUACCUGCUCAUGGGUAUUCCGGCUGAGCCUGAGCAGCCUCUCGGCCAGGAAAUUACACGAUCUGUUGCUGCCGCCGCCAUCCCCGCUGCAGCAAACCCCACUUCAGCCAACCCCACUGCAACCAACCCCACUUCAGCCAACCCCACUGCAGCCAACCCCACUGCAACCAACCCCACUGCAGCCAACCCCACUGCAACCAAUCCCACUGCCCCACCUGUAGAGAGACCCCAACCUCCUCCUACUUCAGUAGGAGCAGCGACUCCAUCUCAGUUGCCAUCCUCUGGUAAUCCUCUGGAGUUUCUAAGGAAUCAGCCACAGUUCCAGCAGAUGAGACAGAUCAUUCAGCAGAACCCAGCCCUCCUACCUGCUUUGCUACAGCAGUUGGGCAGAGACAACCCACAGUUGCUCCAGCAAAUCACCCAGCACCAGGAGCAGUUUGUACAGAUGUUAAACGAGCCUCACGGUGAAGCUGCAGAAGCACAUGGGGCACCACAAACAAACUACAUACAGGUCACCCCACAGGAGAAAGAGGCAAUUGAGAGGUUAAAAGCUUUGGGGUUCCCAGAAGGACUGGUCAUUCAAGCUUACUUUGCGUGUGAGAAAAAUGAAAAUCUCGCUGCCAAUUUCCUUCUUCAGCAAAACUUUGAUGAUGAGUGAUAGUGUUUUUUUUUUUUUUUUUUUUUGCAGUUUACGAUGGAGUGUUUUUGUUUUUGCAGUUUACGAUGGUGAUAGUUUGGGAGACAGCCACAAGAAAAAUAAUAGAUUUACUGUAUUUUGUGUGUGUGUGUGUGUGUGUGUGUGUGUGUGUGUGUGUGUGCGUGCGUGUGUGUGUGUGCGUGUGUGUGCACGUGUGUGUGUGUUUGUGGGUGUAUAUGAAAGAGAGUGCAAGGGUGAAUAUGUGUGGUAAUGUUUGUAAGGGGCAAGGCCAGUGGUAUUUGGUCUUCUAGAAAGUUUCUGUUGGGAAAAAGCCAUGGUUUGAAAAUAUUAAUAGCAAGAGCCACUCCCUUUUUAUUGAACCAUAUCACCUCAACUGUGAAUUUCCACUGCUGCUAUUACUGCUGUUUGUAUUUUGUGUGUUAUUAUUAUGUAAUUGAGGUGACAAUUAUUUUAUUUCUGCCAUCGCACACACAACCUAAUUUAUUUCAGUUCAUUUUGCUUCUCUAUCAUGAACCACAUUAAGUUUAUAUUAAAUUAAAAUGAAGAGUGUCCUUUAGCUGAUGUGUCUUGGAAUUUACAAAUCUGUAAUGUAGGCCUACCGCUGUUUAUCAGAAUUUGGCCCAGUGAUGGUAAAUACAAGACAUACGCCAAGUCAACAAAUUUGGGAAACAUAGUAUGAAAAGGUUUCAAUAGUGAUAUAUUCUUAAUGUUACAUUGGUAUGAUUUUUAUCAUUUUAUCACCAUAGCAAAACCUUGAAAAAGAUUAAAUAAGGAAUUAAGUCUCAUUUGGAAAAUAAUGGUCUUGUACUUCUCCGUCAUUUUGAGCCCUGUAACAUCGCCAACAUUCUGCCUUACUUUGUUUUAAUGAAGGGGAAAAAAACGGUCUGUUCAAACUAAAUUAUUGUUGCAUCGUUGUUAAAUGGUAUGCUAUAAUUGGAAGACCAAUAUAUAUCAUCCUCCCUUUUCCUCACAAUGUGUUGCUUAGCUUACAGAAACAUGACUCGUUUUUGCUUUUUGUUGCAUUCAAGGCCUAGGCCAAAAAAUGGAAGAGAACAUUUUUUAUAAAUGUUGGCACUUUAUGGCAAAGAAUGUUGCUAGAAGAGUCUAUACAGCUGCAUGACUUUAACAUAGCCCAGGGGUCAAACAUUUUGUCACAGUCUGGUUACAGUGUUUUACCUGUAGCUUUAUUAUUACUGUCCUUGUUAUUAUGGCGAGAAGACGGUUAGCCUGUAUAAAAUGCCUUAACACUCAAAGGUUGAGGGCUGGAUGUAUGGUACAUGGGUUAUUAUUUCAGCAUAAUGUUAAAUAAAUAGCUUUUACAAAGCUUUAAAAAAUUA